AACAGGGUAGUUCGGAAACACCGAACCAGUAGCCGACACGUGGACAGAGAUGAUGCGGCCCGGCGUUGACUAUAAGUAACCGCCUUGUGCGGUUGACGCACGACUCUCAUGGGCGGACUGCACAAGUUUAGACCACCAACGAAGCUCUUCGGUCUUCACCUCCAUCGUACCCAUCUCUCUUCCUGCACCACCGGCAACCGCCGAACCCCGCACUGGACCUCGUCAAACCACAUCCUCCAGAAUCAUCCUCGCUUACUCUCCCUCGAGGGUUGCCCCUCGCUUCCCGGCCUUCGAGCCACCCUCGCCUUCGCCGUCGUCUCCGGUCUCUUCCACAACCCCUUCGUCUCCAGCCGCCUCCUCCUCCACGCCACCUCCUUCGACUUCGCCUUUUCCUCCCUAAUUUUUCGAUGUAUGGAAUCUCCGAACCUUUUCUCCUGGAACACCGUCAUCAGAGCCGCCGCGGCCUCUGACGACCGGCGCCCCUCGGUCGCCUUCUCCCUGUACGCCGAAAUGCUACAGAGAGCCACUCUUCCAGAUAAGUACACCUUCCCUUUCUUGCUCAAGGCCUGCCGUUCCCCCUGUGAUCUUGGUUAUGGCAGACUAUUCCAUUGCCAUGCAUUGAUCUUCGGUCUCGGCAAUGAUGCAUUCAUGCAGACUGCACUCAUGUCGAUGUACUUAUCGUGUGGGCAUUUAGUUGACGCACGUCACGUGUUCGAUGAGAUUACUCAAAGGGAUGUUGUCGUCUGGACUGCGACGAUCUCGGGUCUGGUCGAUAGAUGUUGCCAUGAGGAUGCUUUUGGGGUGUUCAAAGAGAUGAGAAUGUUCGACCAAGAUGUCACUCCUAAUGUGGCGACCAUGGUUUCAGCCAUGUCGGCGGUUGUGGGCUUAGGGUCUUUGGCUCUUGUCAAGAGCUUGCAUGCUAACAUGGAGAAGGUAGGUUUGGAAGGCGAUGUCUUUGUUAGGAAUUCACUGAUCGAUGCAUAUGCCAAAUGCGGAAGCAUUGCUUGUGCCUUGCAAGUGUUUGAUAGUAUGAGUGUAAAGGAUUUGCAUUCUUGGACAGCCAUGAUAACGGCUUUAGCUUCGCAUGGCCUUGGCAGGGAGGCCAUUGAAGCAUACUCAAGGAUGUGUGAAACGGGUGUGUUGCCAGAUUCCACUACUUUCAUUGCUGUCCUUUCUGCUUGCAGCCAUGCUGGAUUAGUGAAUGAGGGGAUUGAGAUCUUUAAUUCUAUGGAAAGGGCUUACAAAGUUGUUCCCGAGCAAAAGCAUUACGGAUGCAUGGUGGAUCUUUUGAGUCGGGCAGGCCUCUUAGCUCGCGCAUACGAUUUCAUCAUAAGAAUGCCCAUGAAACCCAAUUUGGCGAUACUGGGUGCUUUAUUGAGUGCAUGUAGAGCUCAGAAUGACUUAGAACUAGGUGAACUUGUUGCGAAGAAAAUUGAGUCAUUAUGUCAAUAUAAGGGAGGUGCAGAUGUCCUUUUAUCUAACAUGUAUGCUGAUCAGCAACGAUGGCACGGAGUGGUUUCUAUAAGAGAAGCAGCAAGAAAGGAUGCAAAAAAGCCUCCUGCACAAAGCUGGAUUUGAGGAGGGUCGAGAAGGUUCUUUGAUAUAUGGCUUGUCUCUUCAUGUGCUUGAUCCUCUCUCAUAAUGGAAUGCCCCAGUGGGAAUGGAAGUAGCUUGAUAAACUGCAGAAAGACAAUGCAAGGUCUUUAUGAAGCUUCUCAAUUUCAAGUAGAAGUGGCUGAUAGGACAAGGCUUUAAUGAUGAUGGAGAUUGGUACCAGUUGUUCUCUACCUGUGAUUUUUAGAGCUUAAUUUUGAUGAAUAAAUAAGGAGAUCUAGUGUCAACAUGCCUUUUUUUUUCUAGCAAAGCAAUUUUGGAAUUAUGACUUCAUGAUGCCAAAGCUGCUUGCUAUUCAUCAUAAACAUCAGAGGUUAUGCGGAUGAGAACGCAACUGCAAA